AAUAGUAAACUUUGAAACCUGCUUGAGGCCGCUUCUCCUUGGUUUCUUUUUUAAUUGAUAUGUUUCGUUCAUCACUAAUGAAAUCUGUCUCUGUUUUCUUACUUCUUGAUCAAAUUACCAAAAUCCAAAGUCUCGUCUAUGGCACCCCUGUCGAAAAUUGCCGAUCCAUGGUUCCACAGCAUGAUUACUACUUACCUCAAUGGAUGGAUCCACCUCCAUACAAUUUGUCUGCUUCGGUUAUUCUUACCAACACUACGACCACUCAAUUUAAUGUGACGCUGUUUGCAAAACACGGCGCGACGUUCAAGGGCUUUUUUAUCCAAGCUCGUUCGCUAACUGGCGACAGGGCGGAUGCUAUCCUUGGUUCUUUUGAACCAGUAGUAGACAACCGUAUCGCUCAUUUGAUCAACUGCCCUGAUGGAGCUAAUAAUGCUGCAACACAUAACCUCAAUCUGCCCAAACGUUUCGUAACUUUCGUUUGGAACCCGCCUGCUAAUUUCGAGGGCAAAUUCUACUUUGUAGCCACGGUUGUGGCCGAAUACAAGCAGUUUUGGAUCGGGAUAGAAACACCAGCACUCAGCAUCAUGGAACAGCAAGCAAAAGAUACUGGAAACAUUUAAUGAGAAGACGAAUGUGAAGAGAAUGAGACCUAUGUUUAAAUGGUUUAAUUAUGUUCCUUUUACUGCUCAGCAAACCAAAGUUCCUAGGCUUACCUCUUACACGAAAGU